CUCUGUGCCACACUGCCACCAAGCUGAACAAAGAUGGCUGAAGUGGAUUUCGGCGACAGCGAGUUGUUUGAACAAUUGGACGAUACCGCACCUGUCCCGACGCACAUCCGCUUCACCGAUGAGGAGGAAGGUGCGGAGGACGGCUCCCAGCUGAAGGACAGACUGGAGGAGUGUGAGGACAACAUCCAGAGGCUGCUGGAGGAGAAUAAAGGUUUGAAAAGAAAGCUGAACAUCAUUACCAGGCCGAGCGGCAUCCGAGUUGAAGAUGUCAACAUCGACGGGCCGCUACUCCAGAUCCUCUACACAAACAAUGUCAUCUCAAAGCAGUGUCGUCAGGAAAUUGAAGACAGUGUCUGCGGCAUCAUUCAGAGGCACCAGGCGCCGGGAAAUCAAAAGAACAACGCCUCCUUCCGAAUGACACCUCAGAAUUCAGCUUUUCUCAUGGAGGAAGAUCAGCAUGCAGAGUCUUCCAGUGGCAUUAACACAAAGACAGAGGCUUUCAGUGUGGUUGGGAGUGUCUUAUAUUUCACGACAUUCAGUAUUGAUAAACUUGGACAGCCUCUGCUGAAUGAAACCCCCCAGUUGACAGAAGGAUGGGAAGUUCCAACCUAUCAGCAGGUCUUCAGCCAGGUCAUUGGCACAGAUGGGCAGGAGAUAGAUAUUAAAGAUAAAAGGCCCAGAUCCAUAUGUUUCAACUGUGGCUCAAGCACUCAUCAGCUGCGAGACUGUCCCGAGCCAAAAGACAUGGCCGCAAUCAAUGAGAGGAGAAAGGAGUUUACUCAGAGCACCAACCAGACGAACCAGCGGUACCAUGCUGACGAAGUCGAGGAGCGAUUUACCAAAUACAAGCCUGGAGUCAUGAGUGAGGAACUGUUGACAGCACUGGGAGCUGGCAGCAACACCCUGUCUCCUGUGAUCUACCGCAUGAGGCUGCUAGGCUACCCACCAGGUUGGCUCAAAGAGGCGGAGAUGGAGCACUCUGGCUUAACACUAUAUGAUGGGAAAGUUUCAAAUAAUGGAGAUGCGUCUGGAGAUGCUGGUGAACAAAAAAUCUCCUAUGAUGUUUCCAAACUGGUAGAUUUCCCAGGCUUCAAUGUACCUGCACCACACUAUGUAAAAGAUGAAUAUGUGCACUACUGCUCUGUUCCAAUGCAGUACAACCACAUGAAGCCCAACUUUGCUGCCUACCUGUCCAACAAUUUUCCUUUGCCUGGUGCCACGAGUGGUAAGAGACGGCAUGAAUCUGACUCAACCACACAGCAAAGGAAGAAGAGAAGGUCCAGUCCUGAGAGGGGCUCAGAUAUGGAGGUUGACUCAGAUUCAGGAGCUCCCUGCCAUUAUGACAGCUCACGUGGCUUCCAGUUCCAGCCUCCGCUGCCCCCUGGCUCUCCAUCCUUUAGUUCACCUCCUCCCUUGCCCCAGGGCACACCACCUGCUACUCCCACUCCUCCACCUCUCCCCAAAGGUACACCUCCUCUGACACCUAAUGGCUCUCCAGCCCUGCAAGGACGUACCUGGGUAGUGGUUGAUGAUGCUGGGGAGGGGAUGGAGGAUGGCCUGACUCUGGAGGAGCUAGAGGAGCAGCAGAGGCUGAUCUGGGCAGCUCUAGAAAAUGCAGACACAGCCACCAAUAGCGACUGUGAGACACCUGCCAUGGGGACACCUGCACCCAGCUCUCCAAGUGUGUCCACGCCAGCCCAUGUUGACACAGAAACAGAAAUGGAAGACCGUGAGGCCGAUGAAGUGACUGACACAAAGGGAUUUGAUGAAACCAUCUGUCAGAACAGUGAAAAUCAGAGGAGACCUGAGGUCGGAGAGGACAGCCCUCAGAGCCCUGGUCCAGUUAAAGCCAAAGAGGACAGUCCUCAGAGUCCUGGUCCAAUCAAAGCCGUGGAGGACAGUCCUCAGACUCCUGGUCCAAUCAAAGCCGUAGAGGACAGUCCUCAGAGCCCUGGUCCAGCCAAAGCCGUAGAGGACAGUCCUCAGAGCCCUGGUCCAGUCAAUGCCGUAGAGGACAGUCCUCAGAGCCCUGGUCCAGCCAAAGCCGUAGAGGACAGUCCUCAGAGCCCUGGUCCAGUCAAAGCCGUAGAGGACAGUCCUCAGAGCCCUGGUCCAGUCAAAGCCGUAGAGGACAGUCCUCAGAGCCCUAAUCCAGAACCCUCUUCUGAAAAUGCUGAAGGUGACAACAAGCUGCAGUCUGUGGAGAAGAUAUCAGCAGUCCCCCAUCGAAGCAAGUUUGCGGCUGGCAUUGUUCCCUUUGAAGACACACCAGAAUUUACAGAAGUUGCCGAAGCCACAGGGACAUACCUUAAGAUCAGAGACUUGCUAAAAAAAUCACCUCGAAAUCUUGCAAAAGUAAAAAAUAAGGACUUACUGUCUUGAGUUGAAACACAGGGAUUCCUCUAGUAAUAGAUGACAGCUGAAUAUCAUUUUCAUACAAACAUCUCUUUUAACUGUUUAUUUUUUGUACCAAGCUGAAUGUCUGUGCUGUUGAUGAAUUUAAUGCAGUGUCUGAAGACAAAGCAGGGAUUUGAGGGAUGCUUCAACAGCUUAGGUUUAAGGGUAUGUUUUGGUCAGUCAGGUGCAGGUUUUUUUUUUAUCACUAGUACUACUCAUGAGGAUUUUUUUUUUUCUCUCGUAAAGUUCAAGUAAAAUGUGUGGCUUUUAAUCAUCAGAUGCUAUUUCGGCAUUCAUUUUGUAUUCUUGGCUCAGUUUGAGCUUGCUCUGAACACAUUACAAGUAAACCUUUUUGGUUCAAUAUGUUCAGUUUCACCUUGCAACCAUGAUUAAUUGUACUGUUGUUUUGUAUUUGUGUUGGCAUUACAGUUUUACCAUUGUAUUGUACAUCAAUGGCAUGACAAGGUAAAAACAAAAAGCCCAGAUAUUUUUAGAUUUAUUCAGCAGACUCAGAAUACAUGUGUGAUGUCCUGGCUGCAUGUUGUUCAGAGAGCAUGUUGACCUUUUUGUAUCUACAGGGAGCUCUGGGGAUGUAAUUAUUUAGUAUGGAAAGGGUGAACCUUUCCACUCCAACGACUUAUGUAUAUUUCUUGAUUAUGAAAGUACAUAAUUUUGUCAAAUGGCUGAAAUGCAAAACUGCCCAUAAACAGUUUCUUCUUAUUA